AUGGAUAUCUUUAAAACCUAUACUGUAAUGGAGGUUAAGCCUAAAAUCCCAGCUUCCAGGAAGCUUCUCCUGAAGACUCUUAUGCUGGCAAAAGCCAGCGAGGAUCUGGAAAGAGAGAUUAAAGCAACUGAAGAAGAGAAGGCAAAGACACUUGCAGAGAAUGUUUUGCCCUUACAGUGCAAUGGGCUGAGUAUUCAGGAGUUACAGAAAUUAUGCAUGAAACUUCAUAGACAGAUCGACACAGUGGAUGAAGAACGGUAUAACAUUGAAGAGAAGGUCAAAAAGAAUGCCCUGGAGAUUAACGGUUUAAAUCAAAAGAUUUUUGACCUCAAGGGAAAAUUCAAGCGCCCCACUCUGCGCAGAGUCCGCAUUUCGGCAGAUGCUAUGCUGAAAGCCUUGUUGGGAUCCACACACAAGGUCUCCUUAGAUUUGAGGGCGAACCUGAAAUCAGUGAAAAAGGAGGAUGAGAAGGAGAAAGGUGUAGAAGUGACUGAUUGGCGUAAAAACAUUGAAGCCAUGUCUGGGAUGGAGGGCAGGAAGAAGAAGUUUGACACAAGCACUGCAUAAGACAGUGCAAAGAACUUUUUUCUAGGAGCUAAAAUUACAGACCAGAAGAAAAAGAAAUUGGACGUUUUGAAGAUCUUGAGAGGUUAUAUUUUCUAAGUAAUUAUAAAUACGACAAUUUUCACUGAUUGCUAUAUAUACCUUCCUUUGUAAAACCCUGCUUGUGUACUUCAGCUCAACUGCUUAUUUUCAAAUGGCCGUAAUAUAAUAAUAAAAGAAGAGUUUGCGCAA